UUUCACAGUUCCACGUUCCACAGUUCUUUGUAGAUAUUUGUGAGCUGUAAGUGUACUUCGCUAUUAAUUGAUAUAUACGAUUAAUAAUAAUUAAUUAACAAUGCCUGCAACGAACAAUGAAGACGAUCCGUACGCACACGUUGCGAAGGGUACUCUACAAUUGAAAAACGAACAAAUAAUGAGCAAAAAGAAAAAGGAUAAGAAAGGAAAAAAGAAAAAGCUGGUAGAAGUGUCAAAGAUCAUUGAGGAGGAAAAACCUCAAAUGGUAGAAGUAAAGCGAACGAAAGCAGAGCUGGCUUUUCAAAAAAUGCAAGAGAAAAUGCAAACUGAAAGGAUUAAGCAGAAAGCUUCCAAGACACAUAAACAACGAGUGGAAGAAUUUAAUCGACACUUGGAUAGCUUAACUGAACACUUUGACAUACCGAAAGUGAGCUGGACGAAAUAAACUGCAAUGUUACUUAAGAAAUUUAU